GGAAUUUUAAACGAAUUAGAAAUUAGGAAACACUGGGUUACAUUAAAGUUAAAAUCACAAGUUAUUUUAAUUUUUACAUCCACAACUAAGGGAAAGCACGGAAUAAAAUGGACAGCUUAUAUGCAAUUUGACGAUAUAGACAUUGCAGAUCACCUAGACAUUCCAUCCUAUACACACAAACAAAUUCAAAUCAGAACAAACAGUGUAACACAAGCAUUUGAAUCAGUAAGCCUCAACAUACACAAGCCAAAAACUACCAUCCUCAAAUACAACAAGGAGAACAUCAACCAAAUCAAUCAGACUUGAUGGAGAAACACUGCAACAGGUGGAAACUUUCACAUACCUGUCUAAUCAGCAUCGUCGAUGAACAUCGAUGAACAUCGACGCAAUCAUCAAGGUGAGGAUUGACAAAGUAAGCUCAACAUUCCUACAAUUGAAGAACAUAUGGAACUCAAAACAACUGUCAACCAAUAUCGAAGUCACAAUCUUCAAUAUGAACGACAUGACAGUUCUAUUGCGUGGAGCCGAAACUUCGAGAACUACCACAAUCAUUAUCAAAACAGUACAAGUAUUUCUAAACAUUUGUCUACAUAAGAUACUGAAUGUCCGUUGGUUGGAUAUCAUCAUUAACAGCCUACUGUGGGAGAGAACAAACCAGCCUCCAUCUGAAUAGGAAAUGAGGAAACAACGUUGGAGGUGGAUAGGACAUACAUUGAAGAAAUUUCAUACAGAAAUUUACGAAACUGCAUCACGAGAGGAGUGCCAACUUGAAAUUCUGUAGGGAAAUACAAUAGAGGAAUAUCAAGUAACAUACUGUUUUUGGAAUCGGAAGCAGAUAUUGAAGUGAUUAAUAGUAUCUGGAAAGGAUCGUCCAGGACAGAGUUGGAUGGUGAAUACUGUUGAUCGGCCUAUGCUUUUCCAUGAGGGGUAACAGGCGUAAUUAAGUAAGCAAGUAAGUUAAUAUAGAAAUUGAUGACAAAUCAUACGACUGAAUAUUGUAGUUUCUGCAAAAUAUGACUGAAAUAAAAAAUAUUUUUUGAAGCUUGAUUGUUUUCAGAUCCCGUCUGACCGUAGUUCUUAACUAACUGAAUAGAUCCUUAUUCGUUAUAUCGAGUUCUAGAUUUAAAAAAUCUGAAAAUAUUAACAUAAUCUCAGUAGUUUGUAAAAGUUUCAAGUAUUCAGCUAGAAAAGGUUUAGUUUAAGUAAAUUUAUUUUCCGAAAUCACCGAUCAAAUCAGAGGUAAUCAAAAUCGUCUAAAAUCUUAUUAUACAAAUUAUAAUUUCUCAUUUCUUUAGAUGAAACAAUUAAGUGAUUAGGAUUAGAAUUGAAAAUUGAUCAUUGUGUGAAUUGCAUAUGAGUAGUGUUAAACACGAAC